AUGGAGGAUGAUUCUUCUUCAGAAGAGGCACCGGAAUCCCCUUUCACGCCACCUGGGCCGAUUCCCAACCCAAUCGUAUACCAGAAUCGUUUAGAACCCCAAAGCGGCACCCCCACGCCACGAAACGCUUCCGCCUCAGAGUCUCGGGAUACCUCUGGGAACUUGCCGCAGUUUCCUACACUGGAGCCCACUCCCAUCACCGCCAUCGACAUCCAAAACGCUCUCGCAGGGUUCGUGAACUCCGACGACAACGACGACGACGACCGGACACCCAUCGCACAGCAGCCCUCGGCACCUAUCGCACAGCAACCCUCGACACCUCCCUUCCCAGACCCCGACUCUCCUACUCUCAGAAUCUACAAGACCGAACCACCCCGAACCGGCCCCGGCUUCAACGGCAGCGUCGCCCCCGUUCCCCCUCCCGACGCCCAUAACCGUUCGCACAUCUGGAUUCGUCCUCAUCGUAUUCCAGAAGAUGAAGAGUUCAUGAUUCCGACGGAGUACAACGACCUCUUCACCCUCACAGAUGCCACGAGGGAGUCCAUGAUGCCUCGGACGCACCGCUACCCAGAUUACGCACGUGACGAAGAAGCCCGCCGGCGCAAGCUCGACUUCGAAGCCAAGACGGGCGAGACCAUGUCCGACGAGGACUACUACUCCCUCUUCGACCAGACGACCUCGACGGGCGGCAUGCUCUCGACGCUGCUCGAGUUCAUGCAGGGGCGCGAGUACGUCAAGGCGGCGCACGUCAACCGCAUCAUUCACCAGAUGAACCGCAUGAUGUACGAAUCCGCCCAGGAGGAGGCGCGGCUGAGGCACAGGAGGAAGCUGGAGUGCGAUUCCCUCCGGCGCCAGCUCAAGGAUAGCGAGGAGAGGUGCAGUGAUCUGCGAAAGACGGUGGGCUUUAUCAAGGGUAGAACGACGGCGUUGGGCGAGGUGGCGAGCUCGUCGAAGCGGAUAAGCGAGAUAUCCGAGAAGGAGGACGACCACAUCCGCGAGAACAUGGGCCACUGGGUCGAUUCUGAUGGCGCAUCCGCGAGGGUCGAGGAGGACUUUAGGAAGUGGCAGGUUUUGGACAACAACUUGAUGAGUCGUCUCGAUGAACGUCAGCAGAUCGAAGAUACGAUCGAGGAUGAGCGCAGCAUCUCGGCAGAAGACCUGGUCCGGCUCAGAGACGCAGACGCCACUAUCGAGAAGCAACGCAAAGAAUUCCAAAAGUGGAUGGAGCAUAGGACCAAGAACCUCAUCGAAUGGCUCGAGGUCAACGACGACGACGAUGAGAGCGAGGCCAAGGCGGUGUUGAACGGUAUUCAUCAAGAGCUGGUUAAAGAGGGGAAAAUACUGAACCAGGCCUACGACAGCCUCAAGAGCGUCGCGGGUCUUCAACUCUCGCAGCGGGAGUUGCGCAACCGACCGCUGAUCGACGUGUCCGAACAAGUCCCGUCUGACCAGGCCCUUUCUGAUAGUAACAUCUACGAGGACUCUCUCGGCGCCGAUCCGGAUACUCCGAGACAAGUUUCUCCGUCGUCAUUGGAAGACGACUCGGAAGGCAGCACUUCAGAAAAGUCGGACGCAACGGUUGUUGCCCCACGCGAGGACGCCGACUGCGCCGGCUGCCGUAGACGAGACCGACAGCUGCGGGAGAAGGACCGGAAGAUUCAAGAACAGACGAACCAGCUCAGGGUCGGUUUCCACAACUGGACUCAGUUGAGUAGAAAGGCAGAACAGCUCCGGUUGGCGCUCACGCGUUGCAAUAACGACAGCAUCGAGGAUGCCCUUCGCCACAUCACCAACUACAGAACUCUGAUAUUCAGGGACUUCUACGACGAAAUGGCCCACUUGGAAAGGAUAUUCAACAUGCAGGUCGAUCGAGCUGAAGAGCACGCCGCCCUUUUCAUCAAACCGAUCGAACACCUACAGGAGGGAGGUGGGCCGGAGGAGAUACUGAAGCAACUCGAGGCGAUGGGCAGCUCGGUCGAGUCGCUCGCCGACGCAUCCCGUGUUGUCCAGCAGAAGUUUAGCGACCAACUGAAGAAGAUGUGGUCGGAGCACAAGGAGAAGUUCUACGAAGUCACCCAGGAAAAUGUCGACGACGCACAACGCCAGAGGGACCUGAUCAAGAACUUGAAGAAGCAAGUCGCGGAGCUGACGGAGCACGCCCAGGGAAGCCUGGAGCAUGACGCGCAGGAGAGUUUCCGCGUCGCGGCGGCGCUCGAGAAACAGAUGAAGGCCAAGAUCGGCCAGAUCCGGGACAAGGUCCAGCGCUACAGGGACGAGAUCAGGAGGCAGCAGAAGCAGUGCGAUGCCGACCAAUCUUCGACGCAGAGCGCUGAUCCUGAAGUGGCCAGAGAGCUGAAGAAGAAAGAGAAGGAAUUGAGGAAUCUCGACCGUCAGUGCACAAAGGCUGCACAGCUGAUUGGAAGAAUGGAAACCGACCUCGAGAAUGCGAAAGAACUUGCGAAUGUACGAAAACAAGACGCCUCGGUGCUGGCUGAACAAGUGGCGGACUUGCAACUGCAACUCGAGGAAAGAGACGAGACCGAGCGUUGGUCGUUGUGGGAUGGCACCGCCGUCGACGUUACCGAUACCUCCGACCCCGAAACUCUGCGCCGGAGCAGGGUUGCCCAGCUGCAAAAGGCUCUUCUGGAAGCAGUCGGCAAAGUCGAGAACCGCGCGCAGAGCCAAGCAACUGUAAAGCCCAGAGUUCCUUCAGUCACGAAGCGCAUGAGGAGUCUUGUAGUGCAGAAAAUUCGGAAAAGCGAACAGAAGGAUUCAACCGCGACAACCGAGGAGGACAUCGAUGGCUUUUGGAGACUGGUCGACUUCCAGAGACGAAGAGCAGAUGUGGUGUCCCUCCUCCGCCGCAACCAAUUCCAGCAUGCUAAGGAGCAGCUUUGCGAGCUGGAAAAGUGGAAUCACUCGCGCGGGAAGUGGCAUGUCGAGUCCUAUGCAGUCGAGGUCAGCCGGUCGUUGAACUAUCUCCAGGCAUACGCCAACGUGAAGCUCGUGCCGGUCCAGCGGCAGGCGGAUGUCCUUGAUGUUGCAAACGAGACUCUGGAAAGCGCCAAAAGCCAUUUCGUGGCCGCAGAGAGGGGCAAUCCAGACGCUGAACACGAGCGAGUAUGGAUGGCUUUGAGAAGCCAUUUGGAGUUUGAAGUACAGAAGACGGUCGAAGAGAUUCAGAAGUGCGACUGCAAGCACAAGACACAAGCUUGUGGGAAGCACGAGGAGAAUGGUGCUGGAGUAAGGUACCAUCACUUCAUGACAGUGGACGGCGAAGAUGGGGAGAUCCAGUUGCCGGAGUCAGCGUUCAACUCGCUGGAUCCGUACAGCUACAGGCUAGAUACUAUCGCUGAGGAGUAG